GCGAGCAGGUGGCUAUUGCCAGGCUCCUGUGCUGUGCUGUGCUGUGCUGUUCCCCUCAGAGAUUCCAUGUUUCCCCACCUUCCUCCGCUUCCUCCUCUGCUGCUCCAGUAAUUAGAAGCGGCGAAUAGCGGGGACAGGGCGUGGCAGAGGGGGGAGGAUCGAAACUAUCCCAGCUUCCCAAACCCCACUCUAGACCCGUGCUUCUAGACCCGUGCUGGUUGAUUUCUGGCUGAAAUUCUGCGGAAGAUGAGCUCCGAGUCCAGGGAGCUGCUCGGAAUUGACCCCAACGAGCUCCGCUUCGCCUUCGAGUUAAAGAAGCAGAUCUCGUGUUCACUGCAUCUAACAAACAGGACAGACCAAUACAUCGCCUUCAAGGUUAAGACAACGAGCCCAAAGAAGUACUGUGUCCGGCCAAACAACGGCAUUGUGGCACCGCGAUCCACAUUCGACGUUCUCGUAACCAUGCAAGCACAGCGGGAGGCGCCGCCGGAUAUGCAAUGCAGGGACAAGUUCCUUGUGCAGAGUGCCGUGGUCAGCCAGGACAUCGCACCAAAGGAUAUCAACGGAGACAUGUUCACCAAAGAAUCGGGCAAUGUGGUGGACGAGGUGAAGCUGCAGGUUAUUUAUGCUCCACCGUCGAAACCGACAUCCGUAAAUGAGGGUUCUGAUCAGGAAAGUCUGGGCAGUUGGAGUUAUCAAGAGACAACAAGAGAACUUGCAGAACCAGAAACAAUACCGUCUGACCCCUUGGCUUUAAUUUUGAAGUUGAUGAAGGAGGAGAAGAACUUUGCUGUUCAAGAGAACAAUAAGCUUCGAGAGGAACUGCGUCUCUUAAGACGGGAAAUCAGCAGGCAGAACGUCGGUUUCUCGCUACUUUUCGUGCUCGUGGCGGCUAUUCUAGGCGUCCUACUAGGCUUCUUCAUGAGGAGAUGAGCUUGUGUAACCAUGCAGGUCGUUUCAGUUCUCUGUCAAGACCUGAAUACCAUACGUGCUCUCGGUCUUGUUAGCCUUAUGUACAACUCAUGGCCUCUUAUCUUAGGAUCUGAUGCCUCUUGUAAAUUUUUUAAUUCAUAUUAGCUGCUAUAGUCACUCAAUAAGUCGCCAGUCGCCCUAAGCUCCCAGUAUUUGUGCCAGCUUGUUAGUGGCCCUACGGUUUAGCCUAUUUGAUUAGGUAAAUAUUAUGGCUAAUUAUUUGCAUCUUUUGGCACCUGUAAACAGAAUAGUUUCUUUGGUACUAUGGCUUUGCAGUAAUAUAUACUCCCUCUGUAAAGAAA